AUGAAUCAAGCGAAUCUCGUAGUCAAGCGCGCGCCAGUCGAACGAUAUUGGUUUUGGUUGAUAGAGAGAAGAUUGAAUGACUGGCCCCAGGCGCCAAAGUCUACUGAGGAGAAGCAGGCGCUUUUGCGCUUAGCUUUCGAACAGUGCAAAUUGCCCGUAAUUGAAAGUUUCUGGGCUAAGCGAGCUUUGGAGGCGGGAGACCCCAGUGUUGCGGAAAGCGCUGUUGAUGCCGAUUUUACUGUCUCCCAAUGCGUAGAGAGGUACGCUUUCACUCAGGAUGAUUUCCGUCAUAUAGAUGGCUCGGUCUUGGCUGUCGUGCCAAACCAGGAAGCUACAGACACGGUAUCCCCAGAGCAACAGGCGGCUAAUGAGGUCGAGCAGGCUCUCUUGUUUGGCGAAAGUCGGGAGCGAACUGGUUUUGGUGGUGUUAGCGAUGGUUUUAGCGGUGGUGAGUCAGGUGAAGAUAUUAAUGUGGAUGGAGAUGUUGUCAUGGGAUAUAUUUGGGCGGAUAGUGUUAAAAACUCGGAUACAAUGGUGUAA